AAUGCAUUCACCGCCUUACAAUUUAACCAACAACAUAUUUUCCUCUUUAUUUGAUGAAGAACAAAUCCCUUCCUCUUCAAUUGUUGUUAAUGAUAUAGUUAAUGUUGAUAAUUGGGAAUCUAAACAAUUUAAUAAUAAUAAUACAACAACAACAACAAUUAAUCCUUCCCCUGUUUGUAUUGAACGUUAUGAUUAUUAUGAAUCUACAGAAAAAUGGCUUUUGGGUGUUUUUGCUCUCCCAUUUAUUCUUUGUGGAUUACUUGCCAAUGGAAUGUCUAUAUUAAUUUUUUCUAAUAGACAUAUGCGAAAACAAUCUGUUAAUUGGUACUUACUCGUUCUUGGGACAAGCGAUUUUGUUAUUUUAUUGGGUGCUUUUUCUGUUCUAACAUUACCUCGAUUAAGUGAAAUACUUGUUUGUUAUUAUGUUACCCCCGUUUUCUAUGCACUUAUGACAAUGGCACAAACUAUAAGUGUUUGGAUGACAGUAGCAAUGUCUUUACACAGAUUUAUUGGAGUAUGUUUUCCUUAUCAAUCCGGACGUGUUUUAACUGCAAGAAAUGUAAAAGGAAUUAUUGGAGGAGUUAUUCUAACUGCUGUUUUAUUUAAUAUAUUCCGAUUUUUUGAAGUAACAUUCGAAGUUUGUUGGAUGGAGCCAAUAGGCGUUGAAUUACCCGUUCUUAGAAUGACUGCAUUAAGACAAAAUGAAUUAUAUCGAAAAUUAUUUUAUGAAUGGGCAUAUACUUUGGUAAAAUAA